AUGGGCCUCUCAUACAACGUCUACUUGACUGCCAACAAGAUAUUCGGGUGCAAAGGGUGCAAGACCCAUUUGGCAGAUUACAAUGAUAUCAUCAGUCGGAACUUUCGAGGUCAGCAUGGAAAGGCAUACCUCUUCAACAACGUCGUUAAUGUCACGGAAGGCGAGGCCGUCGAUCGCAAUAUGACAACUGGCCGACACAUUGUCCGCGAUAUCGCUUGCAGACAGUGCAAGGAAACGGUAGGGUGGAAGUAUGACAAGGCAUAUGAGAGCAGCGAGAAAUACAAGGAGGGCAAGUUCAUUCUUGAGGAGGAGUUACUGUGUGUCGUGUGCUAG